AUGCAUCGUAAUCAACGUGUUUUAACAACUUUCUUGUCCGACUCUGAUUCUGAUGAUCUCGAGAUGCUCAUAGAAGGAACAGAAGAGCCGGAAGCUGAGAGAGAAAGACAACGCACACAUCGUCGUGGUUCAGUUCCUGGUAGAUGCGUCAUUAAUUGCGAUAGAGGUGAAGGUCAUAAUAGAAUUUAUCGUGAUUACUUUUCUGAUAAUCCUGUAUAUCAUGGUGUUUAUUUUAGGAGAAGAUUUCGUACGCACAGACCUCUAUUUUGUAGAAUUCUUUCUGGUGUUGAAGCAUACGAUCCCUACUUUGUCGAAAACAAAGAUGCGGUAGGGAUCCCCAGUUUAUCAUCUCUUCAAAAGGUAAUUGCUGGAUAUAGAAUUCUUGCUUAUGGAGUUCCAGCAGAUUUUCUGGAUGACCACAUACGCAUAGGUAAAAGCACUUCUAUUGAGAGCUUACGUCAUUUUGUGAAAGCAAUUGUUGCCAUUUAUGCUGAAAAAUAA